GCCACAACCAACCUCAACUCCAUCUUCCUUCCCUUUCCACCAAUUCAUUGAUCAAUUUCAAUAUCGAAACUAAAAGAAAAAAUCACAAAAAUGUUGGCUAUAUUUCACAAAGCUUUCGCGCACCCACCUGAGGAGCUUAACAGCCCAGCAUCUUACAAGGGUGGUUCGAAGCCAAAACUCCCAGAAGAAACUCUUCAGGAUUUUCUCUCUCACCAUCCUCAAAACACCUUCUCCAUGACCUUUGGUCAUGCUGCUGUUCUUGCUUAUGUCAGACCAGAUAGACCUUUCUCCGUAAACCAGAGGUUGUUCUGUGGUUUUGAGGAUAUUUACUGCCUCUUCUUGGGGAACUUGAACAACCUGAAUUCACUUAAUAAACAGUACGGACUAACCAAGGGCACCAACGAGGCCAUGUUCGUCAUCGAAGCUUAUCGGACCCUCCGUGACCGCGGCCCCUACCCGGCGGACCAGGUCGUCAAGGACCUAGAUGGCAGCUUUGCUUUUGUCGUUUACGACAGUAAGGCCGGUUCAGUCUUCACUGCACUGGGAUCCGACGGUGGUGUUCAACUCUACUGGGGUAUUGCCGGAGAUGGUUCCGUGGUAAUAUCUGAUGAUUUGGAGGUCAUUAAAGCAGGGUGUGCUAAGUCAUUUGCCCCUUUCCCCAAAGGAUGUAUGUUCCAUAGCGAGGGGGGUUUGAUGAGCUUUGAGCAUCCAAUGAACAAAGUGAAGGCAAUGCCUAGGGUCGACAGCGAGGGAGUGAUGUGUGGGGCCAACUUCAAAGUGGAUAAGUACACCAGAGUCAACAGUAUUCCACGUGUCGGAAGCGAAACCAAUUGGGUGGAGUGGCCCUCACAUUAGUUAAUACCAUAAUUAGCGAGUGAGGUCGGUACUCGUACCAACCUGGUCUCACUCUCUCUCGAUCACUGAUCAAAUGCAUAAUAGAGUGCUCUAUUAUGAUUUAAUAAAUACGUUUUAGUUGGCUUAAUUUCCCUCCUUCCUUCUAGUCUUCUAGACGUAUGACUAUUAAUAGUCGUCUUUUGUUUUUUGGUUCUUUCUUUCCUUCUUUAUCCUUUGUAUUACUUUCCCGCUUGUAAUUAUGCUCUAAAAUUUAAAGUUACUGCUUUUUUCACUACAA